GAUGUUGGCUGUCUCGACGCGACCAGAGUGAGGCUAGAAUAUUAUGGAGGUGAUGACUAUAUUCAUGCUAACUAUGUAGGUACACCAACCAGUUCGAGAAGGUUCAUUUGUACUCAGGCCCCAAUGGAGAAAACUUGUAAGGAGUUCUGGUUUAUGUGUAUGCAAGAUCAUGUCGAAUUCAUUGUUAUGUUGUGCAAUUUUGUUGAAAAGGGGGCGAAAAAAUGCUUUGAAUACUUUCCCACGAGUGGAACUAUGACAUUCGGUGAGAUCACAGUCGCAUAUGCUGGAUCGACAAUGAUGCGCUUCACUUGUCCGACGAAUGCACAAGUGCGAAUAACCACGCUCAUCGUUGAACGCGGUGGAACAAAAAUGAGAACAAGACACCUUCACUGGAUUGACUGGCCGGACCGCGGAGUGCCACCAGCCGAUACGGCGAUCAUUCAAGUAUUGGAAAUUAUCAAAGGCACUCAAGCGCCAAUUGUUGUUCACUGCUCGGCCGGAGUUGGCAGGACCGGCUCAAUGGUUCUUAUCCAGUACAUCCUGGAAUCCAUCUCUUUGGGAGGACCCUUCGAAGAAACUGAUAAAGUACUUCUGAAAAUAAGAUCUCAACGAGCCAACACAAUUCAGACUGAUCAGCAGUACUUGUUCGUCCACAUGGUCCUACUCAACUACUUUGUUGAAAAUCAACUGCUAGACCCCAGAUGGAAGCCAUUCCUCGACCGGUUCACGAGAGAGUACAACAAGAAUGUCUUCUGA